CAGGUUUGUUAAUAAAGUUUGUAGGGUGUGGAGUGUGAGUUGUUAAUAAUUAAAAGAUCCAGAGCUGCAACUGCAACAAAAUCAGAGAGAAUGGGGAGGAACAAAGUGAGAUGCUCCCCAAUCCAAAACAACCAUCCUGGAUUCAUGUGGGGUCUCUUUGACAUUCUUAAGCACAACCAUUGGCGUUACAUCAAGAAACGUCUUCCUCACAAACGACCCCACCUUCCUGCUGCUUGUACCCGUACUGCUUCUUCUUCUGAUUGUAUUCCCGUAUCUAAGAGCAAGGUGGAAGAUCAAACUAAUGUAGACUCGAUGCAAAGACAAAAGAAGCCUACUUCUUCAGUUAAGUCCAACUCAGGGGAGAAACCAAAGAAGCCAGAUGACAAGUCCAAGAACCUCAAUUCAGAAGAGAAGCGGAGAAAAACACAUUCUGAGAUCAAAAGGUCUGUGAAAGCUUUGAUCAAAGCACUUGUAAUAGAGGACAGGUCUAAGAAGAAAGGUCGGCACCACAGAAGAAGCUCUACUUAUCCUGUUCAAUCAAACCCAAAAGACAAGGAUUCACUGAGUGAGUUGGGAUCAUCUUCUGAUAAGAACUCAUCAAACGGUGACCGAGUCUUUGACAAGACCAUUGGCAUUUCACCCGCCAUUGGUUCGUUGAACCCACUCUAUCUCAUGUCCGAGGAAUCAAGCAACAGUGACAGCGAAGAGUUCAGGUUGGAGAACACUCCAGCUGAUGAAAAUAAAUCAGAUUUUGAUGAGAGUGAUUCCAAGAGGAAGAAGGAUGAGGAGGAUGAUGAUGAUACAUCGCCUAGACGUGCAAAGUCAUGUCUUGAUGCUCUCAAUUUGAUACACAUGAAUAGAAACUUCUUGCUAAAAGUUUUGCAAGAUCCAGGUUCUCCGCUAGCCAGGCAUUUCCAGAGCCAACAAUCUUUUAGCUCCAAAACAAUGACUAAAGCUGGAUCAUUCCCUACUACUCAUGGUAGCAAUAGAGAAGAUCAUAAUAAUAAUAAUGGUUUUGACUCGGUUGAGAGUAAGUCAGUGUCUCCUUCCAUUGCUGCACAACACAGAGCAGACGGGGUCCAGACGUUUAAUGAAGCGAUGGAAAAAUCUGCUGCUGAUGAAGAUUUAUCUGGUUCUGGUUACACGAGGAAGAGGGGAAAGAACCACCAAGUGGUGAUCAAACGUUUCAAGGAUCUAAGACAGAAGAUAAAGCAUGUGAUCAACGAGAACAAGAACGAGAAACAGCGUAUCACUAUGGAUGCUGUCUUAGACAAAGUACCUCGAAAGCACGGAUUCUCGAAAGAUUUGAGACAGGACAUCUUGUCUCACUGUUCUGCUACCAAGAACAGCAAAGCAGAACCGAGGCAAAUAAGAAGAACAUCGUCACUGUGUGGAUCGGUUGAUAGAUAUCUUCAGCUGUAUGAAAGUAGCGUUCAAAGAGAAGCCAAGAACAACAACAAUACGACUACAGAGAAAUGCAAGGUGGAGCUUGAGGAAUCUAAGAAGAGAGUUCCUAAAAUAUUGGGAAGGAUUCUAUCAUCACCUGAAAUGAAAUCUCCUUAUGCUUUGAAGAUUGAGGACCUUACAACUUUUAGUCGAUCAUUCAAACAAGAACAAGAUGGUUUGGAAGACAUUUCAGAGAUCUCAGAAGACCAAUCUGAGUCUUCUUCAGAACACGAAAUGCCUGAGGCUACAGAUGAUCCAUCUUCUGAAGCAGAACAUACUACUUCGAUGAUGAUCGAGACAGAACAAGACAGUCCUACCUCUGAUGAGACUGCUUCUGAAUCUCGAAUGCCACAAGUUUUGAUCACACUGCCUUCCUCUUUGUCACUUGUUUUUUUAGCAGAUCCAGAUACCGAGAGUGUUUCAAGAAGCAAAGAAUUAGAAAGCAUAGCAGCGAUAGACGACGAAGUACUCCAGGUAGAAGCACAAGAUAAAGUGAAGUUCAACUAUGUAAGAGACAUUCUCGAGAUCUCUGGUUUCAACGAACCUGAAUCUCUCUCAGUAUGGCAAUCAGAAUACCAGCCGUUAGAUCCAUUAGUCUACGAAGAAUUGACAACAACAACAACAAGAACAGGAUGCAUGAUCCAAGAUCCGGAAUGUCCAAGAAACGAAGAAGAAGGUGGUAACUGCAACCACUUGCUUCUCUUCGAUCUGAUCAACGAGGUACUAAUCGAAAUCUACGAAAGGUCUUACCAUUAUUGUCCCAAACCGUUAUCAUCACUCUGUAGAAUCCAUCCAAUGCCAGUGGGGUAUAGUGUUUUGAAGGAGGUUUGGGUUAGGAUAAACUGUUACCUGCGUUACAAGCCACUCAACGAGGAAUCUUUUGAUAAGAUUAUGAGUAGGGAUUUGUCCAGAGAGGAUGGGUGGAUGGAUUUGCAGUUUGAGAGUGAAUGCGUUGGGAUUGAAGUUGAGGAUUUGAUCUUCGAGGAGCUUCUGGAAGAAUUGCUUGUGUAGAAGAAGGGCACUCGAGAACUCCAAUCAUUUCUUCAUUUUUUGGGUUGUUGUUUUUCUUGGAGCUUAAGGUACAUAAACACACACAAAUUUGGUGGUGCUUUUGUUACUUUUUUGUUUUUGUGUUGGAGCUUGUGUGCAAAAUAGAUUUUUAAGGAUAUCAUGUUUUAAACUUGUAGAACACAACGGUAAGGCUCUUU